UCGGGCCGCCAAGAUGGCGUCGUCCGCCUCGGCUCGCCCUUCGGCGGGGAAGCGAGUGGUGAACCAGGACGAGCUGCGGCGGCUGAUGAAGGAGAAGCAGCGUCUGAGCACCAACCGGAAGCAGAUCGCGUCGCCUUUCGCCAAGUACAACCGUUUGGGGCAGCUGAGCUGCUCCCUGUGCAACGCCCCGGUGAAGAACGAGCUCCUGUGGCAGACGCACGUCCUGGGAAAGCAGCACCGAGAGAAGGUGGCCGAGCUGAAAGGGGCCAAGGAAGCCGCCCCGGCAGCCAAGAGGAAGUCGCCGGACGCCGAGCCCCGCGAGAGCAAAAGACCGAAGGCCACCCCGGGACCCCAGCCGCAGCCCUCCACCUCCGCCCUCUCGGCCCCCUCGGACAAAGCCGGGAAGGAGAGAGCCGGCCCUGGUAAGCCUCCUUCAGGACUCGGCCUGCUCCCCGACUACGACGAGGAGGAGGAAGAGGAGGAGGAGGAGGCAAAGGCGAAGGGAGGAGAAGGGAAAAGGGGGGACGGGAGCAAGCUGCCGGCGGACGCGCCGGGCAAGGAGCACGCGCUCCCCUCCGCGGCGACGGGCACCCCGCCGGGCCCGUUCCCGGAUGCCCAUCCCCCCAAGGCCCUUGCCAUCAUCCCCCACUCGGGGUCCAUUGAGAAAGCCGAGAUCCACGAGAGGGUGGUGGAAAGGCGAGAAAACACGGCGGAAGCGCUCCCCGAGGGCUUCUUCGACGACCCGGAGGUCGACGCGCGGGUGCGCAAGGUCGACGCCCCCAAGGAUCAGAUGGACAAGGAGUGGGACGAGUUUCAGAAGGCCAUGAGGCAGGUCAACACCAUUUCCGAGGCCAUCGUCGCCGAGGAGGAUGAGGAGGGACGUUUGGACCGCCAGAUUGGGGAGAUCGACGAGCAGAUCGAGUGUUACCGUCGGGUGGAGAAGCUGCGGAACCGGCAGGAUGAAAUCAAAAGCAGACUCAAGGAGGUCUUCACCAUCAAGGAGCUGCAGAAGAAGGAAGAGGAGAAUGUGGACAGCGACGACGAGGGAGAACUGCAGGACCUGCUGUCUCAGGACUGGAGGGUGAAAGGGGCUUUGUUAUAGCAGCCGAGAGACCCACCGCUCUAACCCUCCAGCUGUAUACAAAGUGUCUAAUUCUACUGCUCGCUCUUGCCUAGGGGUCUGGUCACUUAAACUGUGAACUUGAGAAUUUCGGGAGGUACUGCUUUGGAAACCUGAGUGUUAGGUGCUGAAAGGCCAACUUUUAUUUACACACCUUUACUUGACAUGUAUAGUAUAGACUUGUGGUUUGUGCAAGCUGUAAAUAUUGUACAAAGUUCAGUAUAUAUUUACCUAAGCACUUUUUUGAAAUUUAUAACCAGGCUGGCAGACAAACUUUUGGUUGAAUACAAAAUGUGCUAUUUGAGA